AUGUGUUACCGUCAAAGUGCUAUUGCUAAGGAUAUUCAGUUAGCACUUUUCAAAGUAUUUUCUGAGGUUCCUAAAAUAAAGAAAAGAAAUCCACGAGUUGCUGAAGCAUAUCUGGAUAUAUGGAAA